CUGAUAAAAUAAAAAAGGUUUUAACAGAUAUUGGUGCUAAUAAGUUUGGGGCUGUAGUUUCUGAUACUGUCUCUGCUAUGACACUUGCUAAACAAUAUAUUUUAGCAAAAUAUCUAGCUAUUUUACUAAUUCGAUGUAUUGUACACCAUGUUCAGUUAAUUUGUAAUGAUAUUGUUUAUAAAACUUUAUUUGAAAAAAAUGUAUUACAACAAUAUCAAUCUUUUGUAACAUUUUUUUAUACAUCACAUCGAUCUGGAGCAAUUUUGUAUAAUGAAAUAACCUGUUUUAUGAUUAAUAAAAGUGGAUUGAAGAAAGUUUGUAUUAAACAGAUUUUAGAGAAUGAUAAUCUUGCUUUAAUAUCAGAUUUAAGAAAUUUUAUACGAAAUCAGCAAUUUUGGACAAAUGCAGAAAUUUUAGCUAAAAUAUUGUUACUAGCUAAAAAUAAUAUUAAAAUAGUUAAAUCAAAAGCUACAACAAUGGCUGCCAUUUUUUUAUUCUUUCUUCAAAUAGCAACUGCUAUUAAUGCACUUGAAAAAAAUAGUUUGCCAGAACAUACAAAAUUUCAUAAACAAU